UACAAAUUUCUUUCAGGCUGGACCAUUAACCAAAGUGACCAUUUGUAAGGACAAAGAAGGAAAACCUAAGUCUUUUGGAUUUGUCUGCUUUAAGCAUACAGAAUCAGUGCCUUAUGCAAUAGCUUUGCUGAAUGGAAUCCGUUUGUAUGGAAGACCAAUUAAAGUACAGUAUCGGCUCGGGAGUUCACACUCUUCAGAACUAAACCACCCUGCACACGGUUUUGAGAACUAUGUUGACAUAUAUUCACCUUCAUAUAGGUAUCAAGAGCCUUAUGGAAAUCCUCCAUUUCCUGUUAUUCCUUUCCCAAUGAACAAUAAGUUACCUCAGGAAUACUCAGUCUUUCAAAAGAUGAUGAACCAUUUUUUAGCACAGCAGUACACAAUACACAGUCCAGUGGGUCAACAAUUUCCUUUCAAUCAGAUGACUUCACCACUGCUUUCAAAUUUAUCCAUUCCUCCCUAUCAGAAUCAAGUUGCAAAUUUUAAGUCUGGACAGAGUUAUUUCGAGUGGGCCCUGCCACAUUCAAGUGAUUGCGAAGUGUACCAGAUGGAUGAAAGCACCUCUAAAAGAAAGAGAGAACAGCCAAGUUGUGACAGUGACAGUAGUAUUGAGGAUGACAAAAAGAAACGAGGAGAAUGUGACCAAAAAUACAAGAAGUGCAAAGCAAAGAAAAAAAGGCAUUAAUAGUGUGUAACUGGAUUCAUUAUUUUCUUGUCUUAAUUACAUUUGAUCUUUUUUAUUUGAGAUAAAUUCUCUCAUCCUUGCACUUUAUUAGAAAAGGAAUUUUCAAUAUUUAUAUUAUUUUUGAAAUAUGUUAUGCAUAAAGUAUCCUGAUACUGUAGUACUGUUUAAGGUAUAGGAAACUUAUUUAAAACGAUGAAGUUUUCCUAAUAAAGGACAAAAAUAGUUAUUUUUAUUUUUUCCCCAAAAUCAUGGAUGGCUGUUAUUUCACUAAUAUAGAAACCUAAUGAAAAUGCAUAAUUUCAGCCAUUCAAGCACUUUCAUCACCCAUGACUGUAUCGUGAAUGUUUUAUUGUGAAUUAUGUAAUAAUUGUCUGGAGGUGUUGCUAAAGUCAAAGCAGUGAGCAGGACAGAAAUUCUAAGUGUCAUAUCAGGGUUGUGAUUGGCACUACAGCAUGAACAGCUAUACUUUUUUUUUUUCCAAGUAUAAGAGCUUUUACUGAUUUAGCUGCGGUGUUCUCUUCAGUUAGGAUCACCUUGUAUGUUCACUAGAGCUAUUUUUUUUUUCCAGCAGUAAAUUUUGAGUAAAAUGUGGGCACUUGCACUAAUUACAUGACUUACAUAUGUAUCAAUACUCAAAAGAAUGUGUAUAUUUUACGACUGCAAUAUAUACUGACAAGAACUACAAGAAUAUAUGCCUCUUUCUAUAAAUUUAUUCUCUAGCGCUUAUUUGCGAACACUGAAUGUUAUCCAUAACAAAUGGAUGAAAAGCUUAAUGGAGUAUCUCCAUUAGAGUUCUAAUUGGUAGCAUGAGGGUGUGAGUCAAGUGAAUUACUACUACCUGUUAAGAAGAAAAGUUUUUCCCCUGUUUAGCAGAGAAAAAAAUAAACUUUCUCACAUGGUGAAUCAAAAUAAUGAAAUGACCUAUUCUAUAUCUUUCAUAACUUUUCACUUCACAGCUGCCAUCAACACCUACAGACAAAUACAGAGGUAUUAUACAAGAGCAAGUACAGAUGAAACACGCUUCAGGUACUAUUAUAUGACAAAGAGAAAAACUUCAUUUUCAGCUAUUUAAUAUCGCAUAA